UUUUAAAAUAGUAUCAUAUUGUAAAUAUAAAAAUGAUUUAUGUGGGGGAGGAGUGAUCCAGAGGAAGAAUCUGACAUGACCGAGGCAGGCUGUUUCUGGUUUCAACUUGUUAUGAUGGUGUCAUCUUCUCCAUUCUCAUUCUCAUUCUCUGUCGCUCACGGCUAGCAAUCAUGUCUUCUCGCUUAGAUGAGUGCUUGUUAGAGGUGGAUGGGUACGGUGAUGGCGAUGGAAAGGCGAAACCCAAAUUCCUGAUAAGGAAUCUCAGCAGAGUUUCGGAGGAUGGGGUUCCCAUCCUCAAAGGCAUAAAUCUUGAGAUCCCAGAGGGUGUGAUCGUGGGAGUGAUAGGCCCCAGUGGUAGCGGCAAGUCAACGUUCUUGAGGGCCCUUAACCGCCUCUGGGAGCCACCCUCCGCCUCCGUCUUCCUCGACGCCCAAGACAUCUGCCAUCUCGAUGUCCUCUCUCUCCGCCGUAACGUUGCCAUGCUCUUUCAGCUCCCGGCCCUCUUUGAAGGCAGCGUUGCGGACAAUGUGAGGUACGGACCACAACUCAGAGGGAAAAAGCUAAGCGAUGAUGAGGUGCGCAAGUUGCUUCUAAUGGCCGACCUGGAUGCUUCUUUCAUGGAUAAGUCCGGGGCUGAACUCUCUGUCGGUCAAGCUCAAAGAGUUGCACUUGCUAGGACUUUAGCUAAUUCACCACAGGUUUUGUUGCUGGAUGAGCCAACUAGUGCCUUAGAUCCAAUAUCGACAGAAAACAUAGAGGAUGCCCUGGUGAAGCUGAACAAGAAUCAGGGCAUGACAGUCAUCAUGGUCUCUCAUAGCAUCAAGCAAAUCCAAAGGAUCGCUCACAUAGUGUGCCUGCUUGUUGAUGGUGAAAUUGUUGAAGUUCUCAACCCUCAUAAUCUCUCUCAGGCCAACCAUCCCAUGGCUAAGAGGUUUCUUCAACUCAGUUCUUAAAGCCAAGAUAAAUCUACUUGCACCUGCUCGUUUAUCGGCCACAUAUAUAUGUUCACCUCUCCUCGAUUCAUAUCUUUCAAUCAAUUAUCUUCCACAUAUGUUGCUUUAAUUUCAAGACGUGCAGGUUGAUGACAUAUAUAUGAUUUUAUGAUAGUGGAGGUUUAGUUACCAAUAUGAUAUUGCAAAAUGCUACUAUAGAAUAGUAAUUUCGUUUUUCACCAAAACAAAACUAUUGUCCAGAGUUUUUUCUAUUUGCAAUACAACCAAUUGGAUGUAAGCGUACUCUUUGGUACAAGUUUCGUGAAGAAAGUUCUCGUCCCACUAA